AUGGACUGUCCACCUUGCUGUCCCUCGGAAAUCGGUGAGACCGACACUCCUGUAACUCAUACCAAGCUGAAGGCUGCUUCCUACAAUUCAUCCGCGGCCAGCUUCGUUUCACGCCGAAUCAUUUCCAGUGCAUGGAGAAAAAAGAAUCCAAAAGAUCCAAAGAUUUCCUGGUCUGACCGGUGCUGUUGGUUGUGUUUGGGUGUUUUGCGUGUUCUGUUUUUUGUUUUUUUUUGUGGUUUGUUUUGGUUGGCGUUUUUCGGUUUUGGUCACAGGAAAUCUUCAAUCUCCACAUACAUUAGCUGA